CUAUAAGAGUUCAACUAGAAACACGUAAACGCGCAAGACAAUUCCAGCUCUUGUCAGAUCAACAGUCUUUUUUGGAAAUGCAAAAGGAUUAUUACUCCAUACUUAACGUUUCGCAAAAAGCAACCCAAGAAGAAAUUCGGUUUGCCUAUAAAAGAGCUGCUCUUGAAACGCAUCCAGAUCGAGUGCCUCCCAAUGAUCGAACACGGGCCACACAACAAUUCCAGUUAGUGAAUGAGGCUUUCUAUGUAUUAGGAGAUUCUACUCGUCGUGCUCAAUAUGAUCGUGAAAGUUCUUUUCCAUCUUCCUCUUCACGACCGAAAGCCAAACAAUCAUCUUCUUUCUUCUCUGGUGGUCGUAAAGACGAGGAUGCUUCUUCUAGUCAAAGGGAAAAACAAUCUUAUGGUUCCAGCUAUGGAUUUCAAGAUUCUUUUUCAAACUCCCAAUUCGGCAAUAUUUUUAACGAAAUGAUGAACGAGUCUUCCAAUGAAGGUCUUUUGCAUCAUCUUUGGACUGUUGUGGGCGGUCUUGCUGGAGCUGCGCUUGGGUUCAUUACUUUUGAUUUCCUAGGCAUCCCUUUGGGAUCUUUUGCUGGUGCGAAAUUGGGUAGAGUGCGAGAUAAACAUGGAAAAAGUGCUUACAGUGUUUUUAUGGAUCUCCCAGCUACUGAGAAAGCUCGUAUCCUAAGCAAACUACUUGCACACAUACUGAAUACGUCUAAAACUUUUGCUAGUAAUCCGCCUUAGUGCUUUGCAUGUGCUGGCAUCCAUUUUGUUUUUGUUUUUGUUUUUUUAUGUUUGUUGUACUCUUCGUCCUUACGUUUUAUGUUUCAUGUCUUAUCCUCACCUUGUUAUAAAAUGUUUAACAUCUUCUGAAAAAGAGAAUAAAAAGAAAAAUUUACGUUAUGAAUAUCAUAUUGAUGAUCGCCUCUUCUUUUUCCAUUUCCUGACAUUUCAUCCUGUUUUAGUAAGAUAUUGGUAGUAAUUAUAGCAAUAUUACUGUAUUGGAAACUCCCCUUUUGAUUAAACGAAACGCUUGUUUCUCAUGUUUCGCUAUUCUACGA